UCAAAGAUAAGCAGAUUAAUACCUAUAUCAAAAUAUGAAUUAUCAUUCCAAUUAGGUAGUCCUUGCUUUGGGAAUCACAAAAUUAACUAAAUUAAAUAAUUAUCAAUAAAACAAAUAAUACAAAUGUGAUAAGUGGUUUUUAAAAAAGCGUAUUUAUGUUGUGUCUCUAUUUGGACACAACAAAAAAUAUCGCUAAAAAAAGUGUGUUUCCAAGUUUGUGUGUUUUUUAUAAUAUUGACAAAAAGACUUCCAAUGGUUUUACCGGCAGCCAUGAUAUUGUCCGGCUUGCCCCAGGAACAAUUUACGGAGGACUUGGGAUUCAUUUUCAGUCAAGGUAAUUCACUGUUAAAAAGCCCAGAGAUAUCGCCACCUACAUCACCGAGAUCAAGUUCACCAGCCGAAAGCGGGAUAUCUUCUUCAUCUUCAAUAUCUUCUAUAUCCUCUAUAUCAUCUGCAUCUUGUGCAUCUUAUGUAUCGACCGUUAGUGAAAGGAGUUUGAGUUUGGAUUAUUAUUUGGAAGUUAUUGACCAAUUGGAACAACGGUUUCUGGUUAGUAAAUUAGUGGAUUUCCCCCACUUUUUAAAUUUCGGUACUAUAGAGAAGAAAAUUAAAUACGAAAAUCGCAACUUAAUAGACUUGUACAACAACAUAAAGACAGGCAGCUGGACCUUACAACCUACGAUUUUGCAAAAAGGGGUGAAAAACUUUUUUGAAAAUAGAUCUCAAAUGUCCAGAUUGGACGGGGCUCAUAUACCACCACACAAUAUGAAAAAAUGCAGACAUUGGGAUUGUGGUUACGAAGAACCCGAAUAUUAUUGACGGGUUCAUUUUUAUAUAUUUAUUUAUUUAUUUAUUUUUAUUUUGUGUAUGUACCUAUGUGUUCUUAAUUUUAAAAUUGGUAGUGAG